AUGAAGCUAGGUGCUGUGCUAGCGUCGUACAGCUACGGUGGGUGUUCGCAGCAUGAUGCCGUAGGUCAAACGCGACCAAGACGAGCGGCGGCGUUACGUACUGACGUGUCGGCACUGCUAGGAGGAACCGUGGUGCUGCCCUGUUCCGUCAUCUACCCACACAAUGAGAAGGCCGACUUCGUUGUACAGUGGAACAAGCAGGAUUAUGAGCAACCAGUCUACAUCAGUCUCGAUCCCUAUCCCCCUCAUAUUGACAAGGAAUACGAAGGUCGUCUACAGUUGGUUGACCAGGCUUCCCUAAACAUUUCAGGAGUGAAAAGAGUAGAUGAGGGCAUGUAUAUUUGCAAGCUGGUGUGGCUCAACAGGCCUGACACAACUGGUGACAAUGGAACGAUGGUGCAUCUCAUGGUUCAAGGUUCUGCUAUGGCGCGGGGUGGCCUAUUUCUCCGGAAUACAACACAGCUACGUGUGACAAACAACGUUCUGCGGAUAUUUAGCUUCGACGACACGACGAAGGGCGUGUACGAAUGCUUAGCCAAGAGCCAGGAGGGGGAGGUGUCGGUAACGUUGACGCUCCUACUAGCAGAAAGAGCACAUUUUACUAGGUUUCCACACAACAACACAGUGACUAAGGGAGACAAGGCAGAGCUAGACUGCAGAGCCAGUGGCCUCCCGAACAACGUGACAUAUCAGUGGUUCAAGAAUGGAGUGUUUGUCAUGGACAUUCCUAGUUUAAAACCUCGAUCUGUGAUUAACGAGGAUGGCACGCUAGUCAUUUACCCGACGUUGGAGGAGGAUACGGCAGCAUAUAGUUGCCGUGCCAGCAAUGGAAUCGGAGGCUCUCCAGAGGCCGAAGCAUACCUGGACAUUAUAUUUCGGGCACGUGUAUACCAGACGGACUCGCCACAGUAUUUGCCAAAGGGUUUGCCAGGCAUGGUUCAGUGUCUCAUUAAGUCUCACCCGCCAGUGCAGCUCGUCACCUGGACGAGAAAUGGCAAGCCGGUGAAGAUCCAGGACAGCGAAGGGGUGCUGCUACUCAGGAAUGGCUCACUGCUCAUACAAAAUGUGAGGAACAGACACGAAGGCACAUACACGUGCAUUCCGUAUAAUAAAGUAGGAACGGAGGGGCCAUCUGGACCUAUGCGUGUGGAUGUAAGAGAUCCUCCUACGUUUAUGCUGAGACCAGAUACGUUAUACCAACGAUUAAAGGAGCAGUCGGUCAGCCUGCCCUGCGAAGCGAUUGGGGAUCCUGUUCCCAUCAUAGAAUGGAGAAGGGCGGAUGGUCAGUCGUUACCAGUCGGGCGGUCGUCUAUCUUGAAUGGCACUCUGACCAUCGUCGGCAUUCAAAAGGCUGACCAUGGGGAGUACGACUGCCUGGCAAUGAACGAAGUCACAACUAUAGUUGCUGCAGCACAGCUCAUGGUGCUGAAAACGACACCCCAUGCUCCGACUAACGUCACCGUCAUACCGGGGGUGUUCUCUGCUUCGGUGACGUGGAUGCCCGCUUUUGACGGAGGCCACCCUCAAACGUACGAUCUGUGGUACAAGAUGGUCGCCAAUCCUGACAAAGACUGGAAGACGAUACCGGUGCGACCGGGCAACGCGACGUCGUUCACAGUCUACAGUCUACAGGCUGACACCGAGUACGAGUUCACUAUCAGAGCCAACAAUGAGUUGGGACCGGGGCUCUUCUCGCCUAUAACGAUACAGAAAACGAAAAGUUAUGAAGAAUGGGUAUCUGGCAUUCUGAAUGGUUAUGAUAGUCUAGGCACAGAGCUGCCUACAGAUGCAUAUGGCUCAACCUUUAUUCCUCCAAUACUUGUGCCUAUAGGACCACAACCUGAUAAACCCGUGGGGCUGUUCGCCGAAGUACAGACGACUGAGGAGGGUGCACGUGGUGUCAAGAUAGAGUGGCAUGUACCAAAGAACAAGUCGGUUCCCGUUGUUUACUACAUUGUAGAGUACAAAGAUGACUCAUGGCCUAAGGCGGAACCUUGGAAGCAGUUGAGUCCGCGGUUGUUACGAGGUCAAAAAGAAUAUUUUGCGACAGACCUCAAGCCGGGCCGAACGUACAAGUUUCGCGUGUUCGCCUUUUCGUUGACUUCCUUUAGCGAGCCCAGCGCAGAGGCCGUCUACAAAGUGCCACGAAAGCCCUUUCAGUUGGGCAAGGCGGGGAUAGCGGGACUCGUCGGCGGUGUCUCCUUCCUCAUCGUCACGGGCAUACUGGCUCUGAUCGCCACGUGCGUGUGCAGCAAGAAGGCCGAGCGGCACAAGAAGUACAAUGAGCAGAAAUAUGACAACCUAAAUUCGCUGACAACGAUGAAUGGACCAAGUCAUGCAAACAGCAGUAACCACGUGCCAAAACAGAAAAAGAGCAAAAAAGGAGUCAGCAAGAAGCCAAAGAAGGCGGAUUGCUCAGGUCUAGCUUUCAACAGCGGUGAAGCCAAGAUGGUGGCCUUGCACUGUGCCAUUAGGUUACGGCGAGCCCGAUACGUGGCGGGGAGAUCCCCGACCAAGUCUCGGCAGUAUGGCAGACGCUCGCGCUACGCGGUGGAGUUCGCGUGGCCCAUCGCCUCCAUCAGUCGCUCCACCGACGGCAGAUUCAUCCUCGACGACAGCGACCGUCCGCUCGACGCCAUCUUCGAACGCAGCGUCAGCGUCGACCAGUUGAUCCACGAGGGGGCGCCGCCAUCGUCGCGUCGCCGCGUCGUCGGCGACGUCGUCCUGCAUCGGGCUGCCGACGCGGCAGUAGCGACGGACUACGUGACGAGCACGCCCGUCGAAGCCGACGCCGGCGACGUGUUUAAAAUCAGUGGCAUCAGCUCGAUUCUACAAGCUUCCUGGGAUGGCGGGCAGGUGGCGCCACGGUCCGUGCGCGCGCCGGCCGACGUCUCGUACGACGAGCUGCUCGGACGCGGUCGCGGUCGCCGCGAGUUGACGUCGUCGUCGUCGUCUGCCGCUGCAUCUCGAUUCUCUGCCGACGUUCCCCGCCGAUCGGCAAGGCACGUGCUGUCUGCUUCGAGUCGAGCGAUCGCUGACAUAUACGGCCAGAGACACCGCUGUGGGGAUCUUGGCUUCCUGGCUCAUCCGACAACGACGAGCCCGCGCGUUCGUCACACUCCGUCGUCGGCUGAGAUGGCCGACGAUAGUGGCGUGUUUAUCUGCAGCCCGAGCGAAGGUGACGCCGUCGGUACGGGUGUUGCUCACACGGGGGCGCUCGGGUAUCGUAGAGCCCCCGCUCGGAGGGAUUUGAAUGCAAACUACGGCUUCGCAGCGCCCGUGCGCGCGACGAGCCCUCACAGCACACUGAAACCUGCAGGUUUCUCAUCUAGACUGCGGCAAGUGAGUCGCGACGGCGCCGUCGCCGACGAUCCCGGCCCGCUUGAAACGAUGCGUUACGCGGGAGACAGUCUACGGACAGGCAGGUCGGGACCAAGAGAGAGCAACGCUGACGGCCUCAGUCUUCCAACAGUCACCAAACUCAGGCCGAGCUACGAGGGGCCGCCGUACCGCGACUCGUACGCAACACGGUCCGCGGCAAUACGCACGAGGUCGGCUCCACAAAACACAACAGUACGCGAUGUUUACACUCGCUCCCACGCUCCGCCCUCCGUGUCCGUUUCGGGCAUUACCGAUACGACGAGCACGGGCCGUCUUCGUACGCAGCACCUGACUCCCGGCUACCACCGUGCGACGCAGCAGCAGCAGCACCAUCGCCCGUCGCCAAACGACAGCAAGAGCAGCAGCGGCGUCAGCAGCGGCGUCUACUCGCACGGCGCCAGGGGGCCGACGCGGCUGUCGGUAAACUCUAACCUGACGUCGGCGGGCCAGGACUCGACCGCCGACGAGUCGCACGAGUUCGCGCCCCUGCGCGGAGUUCAGGGUAGAAGACAAUCUCCCUCGAUCGCAGAAGACGAAGACGUUGGUGCGAGCGGCAACAGCGGCAGGAGAGAUGUGGAGCAGAGCCGCCGCCUGUCGCGUAAUACCGACUACUGGCAGCGCCAUCCUAGACUGCCGCCCGUCAGGCCGAGGACCUACCACGAUCACGUAUUUACGGCGGCCGGCUACGGCGAUUCGGAGGCGAGGUGUGCGGUUUUAAAGGAAGAGUUUCGGCAGUAUAGGUCGCAGGCCGAUAGCUUGUCUCCGCUAUCGUGA